AAACGUAGAUCAGUUUGACUACUGAAAAGUCAAAUUUUGAUGUAAUUUUUAUUAUUUUUACGCCGUUAUGCGUUUAAGUUUAAUAAUUUUGUGUUUAUUAUUUUACGUGUUUGAAAAAUAUAAAAAUGGUGCUAACGCCUAUAUGGUUCCAGUCUGCGGGGAAAAGGGAAUUGUGUGCGAAGAAAAGGUAAUUCACGUCUUCACAAAAUGCGACAAACCAUCAUGUAAAGGAUACAAAAUAUGUAAACUAAUUUACGCACUGCGAAAUAUUUUUUUGAGUCACUAUAUAUCCGUUCUGGAACAAAUUUUUGAAAGCCUUUCCGACGAAGGGGACGGAGGCUAUGCCCCAAAACCUAUAUGCAAGUCGAAAGAUCCAACACUGGUUCAAAGAACAAUUGGAUAUUGGCUUGGAGACCGAAAAUUUUCGAAACAAAAACUGUGCAAGGCAGAUGCACCUAUACCGAUCAAUAUGGCCGAUCAAUGCAAAAAGCCAACAGGGCGGUACAAAUGUAUGCUGGCUGCAAAUUAUACCGCAAUGGUGUACUCAUUAUACACUUUUAUAUGUUCAUUUUACAAGAGAAUAUGCCCAGAUUGCGUACCACCUGCUUGGUUGAACUUUGAAAAUACUAUUAUAGAAAAAGUAGGUUGUUUGAUGAACCAAUUUCUUUUAAUUUUACACCUGAAAAGUAACGACGAAGAGGAAUGUUCUUGUGACGACGAAAGUAAUGAUGGGGAAGAGUGUGAAUGCGAUGAUGAGGGCGGUUUUGUAUCAAAAUUAUUGGGCUUUCUUAAAAGCGUCGUCUCCAAUCCAACACCAGCAAUUCCAGCCAACACCCAAUAAUU